AGUGUCUUGCUCUGGAAUGAAAGCAGAGAGGAGUUCCUGUUUUCCAAUCUGCUUCAAUUCAGUCCUCCCUCACUCAUUUUCUCCUACACAGUUUCCCUGACUCUCCACGAUUCAAACUUUGACUGACUUCUUGUCCUACCCUUCCUUUUGCAAAGAGAGCAAGGAAACGAGCCUCCAUCCAAUCAUCCAGCCUGACUGUCAACACAAACACAGUCUUUGGCUAGAAGCCUUUUUUGGCCUUUUAUGGAAGGGCUUUUAAUUCGAUGGGAUUUGGUAAGACAGUCCAGAGACAGAAGUUCCUGUACCUUGGCAUUUUGGCCCAGGGGUCUGUGGAAAAACACAGGUCCCAAGGCACCAGACUAGCAAGGAUAGUCUAGUUGUCCAUCCCUUGCGGCUGCAGAAGACAUCACAGACUGGACUGGGAAAUCUUCUAAGGACCUUAUUCUGCCUCGGCUUUAUAUUUGUGCACAGCAAUGACCUCAGAGUAUCAUUAUCAUGGAAGCCAUAAUACUGAAAAAAAGAAAAGAGAGCGCCUCUUAUCCACCAGAAAAUCAUGGAUUCAACAGGAUGAAGAUUUUUGCACUGCAGAAGUAACAUUAAGGAAGCCGUCUUCUAUCCCACAUCUGGUGGACCGCAAGGAAGCAAAUCUUUGCAGCUGGAUGGAUUCUGGUUUCUACCUAUCUGCAAAGAAAGAGUCCCAAGAAAGCAGAGACAAAGCAGCAGCUCUUUCACCCCCAUUGGGAAUGGUACAAAUGACUGUGCAGAACUACAUGAGAUCCUUGCAUAGAUUUUCAGAAAUGCCUGCUCUCUCACGAUGGAACAGUGCAAACUCAUCUCAUCCUCUCCCCAGUACUCCAAAAAGCAUCGUUGAAUGGCUAGAUUUCUCUGAAAAGGACCCAGUUGAGGUUUUGCUGGAUUUGGGAUUUGGCACUGAUGAGCCAGACAUCUGUACUAAAAUCCCUUCCCGCUUCAUCAGUUGUGCAUCCGCUGCUAAAGGAAUCAAUAUCCGUGUCUUUAUUGAAGCACAAAGACAUCGCAUGGAUUUGGAAAAUCCCAAUUUGUGCGGGCGUUUUCGACAAUUGGAAGUCCUGGAUCAUGUGACCAGUGCGUUUUCCUCUUUGUUGAAUGAUGUCAGUGCUAUGCAGCAGAAGCCAGAAGAUGAAAAAAGAGAUAGGACAGCAGUAGACUCUCUGAAGGAGAAACCAGUGGUCACACAGACAAAGCGAAGGAGGAUAGGCCAGCUCCUGAGGAAAGCAUCCAGACAAACAACUAUUCAUGGUCCUCAAGUUUACCGAAGUGCUGGUCCAUGCAAGGUCAAGGAAGACUACUGCCCUGCUGCUGAUAUAGACCUACAUAUCAUGACUAAGACCAGCUUGUCAGAUAAUACUGCCUUGGUCUGUCUGAAAGAGGAACUGCUCCCAAGUGAAGAGUCAGAAACGGCAAUGACUAUAACUCAGCUCGCCCAGUCCAGAGCUAGCAAAACAUGGGCAUUGCCUCAUCCAGCUAUAAAGCAGUCCCGCCUUCCUUCAUGCAGUGAGAUGGCUCUUAAAGACAGACCACAUAAGGAAUCCAAUUUGCUAUUGACCCAUAUGCUCAGGAGAGUAUCUGGCUUUGGUGGCAAGCCUGCAGACUCCUUUGAAAUGGAAGAGAUCCAGAGCUUUGAAGAUGAAGUUUCCUGGGGAAAUCCUCUUGAAAGCACUUCAGAUAUGAUAGUAACCAGAACAAACAGUUGCCAGUCUGACAGCAGUGGAUUUCUGGAAGACCCUUCUGAGCCAUUACCUCUACAGGCUUUGUCUCUGCCUGGAAACCUGAGACUUAGUUUCAAUUCCCACGAUGGUCAAUCAUUUCUACGGUACAGAAAAAAUUCAAUUUCAACAAGUCAGGACCUUCAGUCCUAUGCAGAGGGGCCCAACAUUAACACAACAGCAGGCAGCAGCUAUGUUGCAUUAUUGCCGAACCUAAGUAGAGAACAUACUUUUCAAGGAGAGGAAAUCUUUUAUUCUAUAAGUGAAGAAGAUGAUCUGUGUGUGACUUCUGGUGGUCAGGAGGAGAGCGCAGUCAGGGAAACUGGACAUCAAAUAGAUGAGAUGGAAAUACAAAGUAGAAGAAGGGAAUUGGAGAAAGGAGAUGUACAAGAAUGUCUUGUAUGCCAUCGUAGUGAUAGUAUGAAUCAAGUUGAAAUUAGAUCUCCAGAAGAAAACUGUCUUUCACAUGGUAGGGAAGUAAACUCAAGUAUAUAUAUUGAUGGAGGGCAAAUAGAAGACAUUAGGAGAGAAGAUGAUGAAGCUUUGACUGAAGAAACAGACAUUAAAGAUAUAAGCAAAGGAGAUGUAUGUUUAGAAGGUGCAGCAGGAGGUGUAGCAGAAAUGUUGAAAGAAUUGAAGGUUUGUGGAAAGUUGGACUCACCUCUUCCACCCACAGAUGUCACAAGUGGCUGUCAGGAUGUUGAUUUGAGGGAUCAAAUGAUAACUUUGGAUACAGCCAAUACCUUCAGAAUUAAUAAUGACAUAAAUACUGCACAACCAGAGCUCAAUGUUAUUUCCAGAACACUUCUUCCAGAUGAUAGCUUUCCCCCUUCCUGCUUUGGAAAGGAAGAAACUGACUCAUUGGAUAAGUUACCAAGGAGCAUGGAACUGGAUGAAGAGGGGCAUGUUCCCUGCUUUGAAAAAAAUAGUAAUAGCCCUUUUAAAUCUGUCACUGUCCAGAUGCCUUCAAGACUGUUGUCCAAUAUGCAGAGCAUUUCACUGGGUGAAACAGGUGUUAAGAGCCAGUCCAUUGACUUCACAUCCAAGAUGUCCCAGUGCUCUAAGGAUGAUCCCCUCCUCACACCAAUUUCAGUAGCCUCAAAUGCAGAAGACAAACGAAUCAAAGAAGUUUCUAUUCAAACAGACAAGAGCACAAGAAACAAUGAAACUCUCCCUCACAUUCGUUGUCUUCCUUCAUUUCAUCGACAUGGCCAUCUUGUGAAGUCCACUUCCCUAGACACAGGACUUCACGGGAAAUACAGAUCUUGCUGUUAUGAACCUUCGAGAAGUUGGUGUAUCCAACCUAGAGGUCACCACUGCUCACUGAACUCCCAUCACUGCUGUCUGAUGUGGCCUUUCCCCUUUGUUACUUCAUGCAACCACCCUGCCGCAUGCUGCUCAUCUAACACUACCACAGAGCUUCAGCUUCUGAAAACUCUCAAGCUAUUGCAGGAUACAGCACUGAGAAAUAUUUCUUCUAGUACCGUCCAGGAAAUUGAAGUCAUGAAAAAUUCAUGCCAAAAGUUUCGAGAACGUCUGGAUGAGAUAGAGCUACACAUGCUAGAGCAAGAGGCUCUCUUCUCCACUUUAAUGUCCAAGGAAGGACGAGAGGAAAGAAACCGACUGCAGGUCUUGAGGCAGGCUGUGCGUCGAGAGGUGGCCGAGCUGGAAUGCCAGCUACAGGAUCAUAUGCACCAGGUUAGGGAAGGAAUUCUUAUGAAUCUGGAUCAAUUAUUAGGUGAACAGUCUAAUCUGUGCUCAGAGCUUGGAAUUCCUGGCUGGAGGGAAGAAAAGGCAUCCAAUACUCCUACAGAUGCUGAUACUACUGCUUCUUCCAGAGCCAAGUGCUCAAAGAAUACCUGUCUGAAAUGGACAUCAAGCAGAAGUGCCACAUUCCCAUCCACCCCUUCAACCUCGUCAUUCAGGAAAGAUGAACAGCAGGCUUCAGCUUUCAUAGCAGAGAAGCCCAGCUCUGCUUCAGGCUCUGAGGAAAUUCACAUUAGUAAAAAGGAAUCUAAAGCUCCUUCUCAGCCAAAACUGGAUUUCAAAACCUUUAUACAAAAUUUGAAAAGAUCUUUCCGAAAUUCUUUCAGCCAUGAUGCAGCAGGAGGAAGAGUCUGAUUUAUAGCGAUGCUUUCCUAACCUCCUGGAAGUACCUUGGAGAACGGAAAAUGAGCUGCUCUUUUAUAUACACAAGAACUAUUCAUAAACAUUAAAAUCGUUUUUAUGAUUUUAUGAUUAUAUGUAAAAAAUGUAUACAGAGUCAAGAAAAGCCCCAAGGAAAAGUUUGGAUUACAUCCGUCAUAGAGAAGAUUCAAGGAGAGAACACUGACUGAACAAGUCAUCAUAAGAUAGAAUAUUUCAUGGAGGUUCUACGCAAAUUGAUAUGUGCUGAAAAUUUUGUGAUUUUUCCUAAAAACCUGUUACAUAGAGGACUGGUGCUAGAGCUAAUGAACCUCCAGAUAAUUAUAGUCAUUAUGUGACCUUUUCCAGUAAAUGUCUUCAUUUUGACCGCUUGA